UCGCGCACCUGUACUCUUCCUUGAGGUUUUCAUUUAGCAAACCAAACCCUUUAUGUAGUCUUCUUUUUGUUUUCUUGCAACAUUGCUGAUUUCUUAUUUUGAGCGCAUCACAAGGGCAUCCGCGGACUCCAGCACAGACGCUGAUUCUCUGUCACUCUGCUGAGCUGGGAGAUUUGAGUAAGCACCGCAGGACCCAGAACUGCAAAACUGUUUGAAGUAGAGAGCUUCCUCUUGUCCCGCGCGCCCAUGGAAGGCGACGUUAUGGAUAAACUAGAGGACAUGGCCUCAGUGUGCGAGUUCGACACUAUUACGGAGAAUAUUCCUGCCACCAAGGUGGAGAUCACCGUCUCGUGCAGAAACCUGCUAGAUCGAGACACGUUCUCCAAGUCUGAUCCUUUGUGUGUUCUGUACACUCAGGGAGUGGAGUCUAAGCAGUGGCGUGAGUCUGGGAGAACUGAAGUCAUCGACAACACUCUGAACCCAGACUUUGUGAGAAAGUACAUCCUGGACUAUUUCUUCGAGGAGAAGCAGAAUCUGCGCUUUGACAUAUAUGACAUUGACUCCAAAAGUCCUGAUCUAGCCAAACACCCCUCCGAAUUCAACGACUUCCUGGGUCAGACCUUCUGCACUCUGGGUGAGAUAGUGGGUUCACCAGGCAGUCAUCUGGAAAAGCCUUUGGGUGGCAUCCCUGGGAAGAAUUGUGGUACAAUUAUUCUCACUGCAGAGGAACUUGGAAACUGUCGGGACUGUGCAACAAUGCAGUUCUGUGCCAAUAAGCUGGAUAAGAAAGACUUCUUUGGCCGCUCUGACCCGUUCAUGGUGUUCUACAGAAGUAAUGAGGACGGAACGUUCACUAUCUGCCAUAAAACUGAGGUGGUAAAGAAUACGUUAAACCCCGUCUGGCAGCCUUUCACCAUUCCUGUCAGAGCGCUGUGCAAUGGAGAUUAUGACAGGUCAAUUAAAGUGGAGGUGUACGACUGGGACAGAGAUGGCAGUCAUGAUUUUAUCGGGGAGUUCACCACCAGCUACAGAGAGCUCUCUCGCGGCCAGAGUCAGUUCAACGUGUAUGAGGUGGUGAAUCCUAAAAAGAAACUUAAAAAGAGACGAUACAUCAACUCUGGCACAGUGACACUGCUUUCAUUCUUGGUGGAAGCCGAACACACGUUCCUGGACUACAUCAAAGCAGGCACUCAGAUCCAUUUCACAGUGGCCAUUGAUUUCACUGCGUCCAAUGGGAACCCUUCUCAGUCUACCUCCUUGCAUUACAUGAACCCCUAUCAGAUGAACGCGUACGCCAUGGCGUUGAAGGCCGUCGGCGAGAUCAUUCAGGACUACGACAGCGAUAAGAUGUUUCCUGCAUUGGGCUUUGGAGCCAAACUUCCUCCAGAUGGCCGGGUUUCCCAUGAAUUUCCCCUGAAUGGUAAUGUAGAUAACCCAUACUGCAAUGGGAUGGAGGGCAUCCUAGAGGCCUACCAUGAGAGUCUGAAGACUGUCCAGCUCUACGGACCCACCAAUUUUGCUCCUGUCAUCAACCAUGUAGCAAGGUAUGCUGCAGCAGUUCAAGACGGCUCACAGUACUUUGUGCUUCUCAUCAUCACAGACGGUGUGAUAUCAGAUAUGGCUCAGACUAAAGAAGCCAUCGUCAAUGCGGCAAAACUACCUAUGUCCAUCAUUAUUGUUGGAGUUGGCCAAGCUGAAUUUGAUGCCAUGGUAGAACUGGACGGCGACGAUGUAAGAAUAUCCUCCAGAGGAAAGCUGGCAGAGAGAGAUAUUGUACAGUUCGUACCAUUUAGAGACUACAUGGACAGGACGGGAAACCAUGUCCUGAGCAUGGCACGGCUUGCCAAGGAUGUCCUGGCCGAGAUCCCGGAUCAGUUAAUCUUAUAUAUGAAGUCAAGGGGCAUCAAGCCCAACCAGACACCACCAGACUACAGCCCACCUGGGUUCAGCCCAACCCCCACCGUAUGAGUUUAUCCAGCCUGCUAAAAGAAAACAGGCGAUGCUGUCACCACCAAUUUGGAUCUCAUUCAAAGCCAAUACAACUGAUUCAGUGUGAGGCAUCUAGGAAAGUGGAUGGUUUCAAUUCCCAGUUUUUGGAUCUAAUACACUGGGGAAAUUGAAAACUGUAUGUGUGUUCUGGAGUUUGAACUGUAAAGGACGGUUCUUAUUGGAUUGUGAGUUUGUUUCCCCCCUCAUAAUUUCUUUACAAAUUAGCCAACACUAUGAAAAUUUAUAGUUUGGAUCAGUCUCAUUCAGAUUCAUACGUCCAACUGUGCUGGAUAUAUGGAGAGUAUCUGUGCAAGCAAUGCAAUUUUCUGCUUAUUUAACAUCUCUAACAUUUCAACAUCUAAAAAACGGCAUGUGAGGACUGUGUGUUAUAUUAGGAAAAUCUUCCUCAUAUCCACCAGAGGAGGAAAAACAAGAGCAUCACUAGAAAAUGUGAUUUAAGAAAAUUGUGAAAUUGUAAGUGGUUGUUUGAAAUAUUAUACCCUGAAUGAGUAAUUUGUUUAGUGAAAUUGUUUGAUUUGUUUCUAGAAUUUGUAGAUGGUUUGUGUCAUGGUGGUUUUAUUUUUCCACCGGCUUUUGAGCAAAGUCUUUUUAGUACAAAGUAAUAUUUCCCAUUGCGGUUUCCUAUUCAUAGCUUUUUAGAGCUAUGAUAAACAAGAUUUUCUAUUCUUAAGCAUGAAAUCCAGGUAAAACCAAUUGUACAUUGCAUUAAUACAUUGUAUUAAAUGUAUUUACAUACUUCAGAUUAAAUCAGUUAAGAAAAAUCCAGUGUAAAAGUGAAAAGCACAAAUAUUUUCUUAAAGCUGUCAAAUUUGUAAAUGUUAAUCAGAGGUCACAAAUUCAGAUUCAUUACACUGUAAACAAACUGAAAUAUCAGGCACAAUCAGCCCUCAAGAACACCAAAUUUACUUUCCAGCACAGUUUAAUUUGUCCCGCCAAUUCCUUGCUCUGGAGCCGGUAUAUCUUGAUAUUGUACAGCAACUCCUCAGACGCAUGUUAGCUAUCAGGGGAAACACGAGAGAUUCCUCGCCACUCGCUGCUAAAGAUGAUUGGGGAUGAGGCAGCGUCUGCUGUUUUUCAUACAGCACUGUCUGACUCACCUGCAGCUGCCCGUGUCCAGCCUGAACCUUUGCCCUUUCAUUCCCUGGAUUCACCCUGGAGUUUAAAACACUUUUCUAUUCUUCACCAUGGCAGGAAUUAUUUUACUGGUUUCAGAAGAUGAAAGACACAUUGCAUGCAGCUGAAAUUGCAUUACCCGCAGCGCAAACAUAAUGCCAUUUUGUUUAAAUGUUCUAGCUUUGAAUCAUUUAUAGCAUUGGCAUACUGACCGGAUAAGCAUUGAACACAAUUAGUUUAAUAAACUUGCCUUACAUACAGUAAGUUUACAUUAAAGGUUAAUAGCAAGCAUAAAUUAGAAACAGUAUUUUAUAUGCAGUAUUAUUACUAAGGAAGCGCAUAUUGAUUUCCUUUCUAAUUUUACAACCAUUAGAGGCUUAAGACGUUCAGUUAAAUCUCAAAACAUUUACUCGUUUUGCAUACACAGCCUUGUAUACAGCCUCUUUUGUCUGAGGUUCAUUUUGAAAAUUAAUAAUAAUCACUAUUCUCAGACAAAUCUGUAUGUAUCAGUAAAUACUGACUGUCUUACUUUUUUUUUUGGACAGCAGGGCCGUUUAUACUUGUUCUUACUCAGUUUUGAUACAUUUUCUCCUUGUCCAGUACAUUUUGACAUCUCUGCUUGUUUGUCCCAAGUUGUACCAGUGUUUUGGUUUUACGACAUCUAUCUGUUAAUAUAAUGUAGAUUAUGAACUGUGAAGAUUAACUGCAGUUUUAUUUUUAAAUCUCCACUGGUCCUCAAACUACUAAUUUGUAAGGGAGCACAGAUGUUUACAAAAUGUGAUUGCCUCCUAUUUAACCCACUUUUACAACAUGAAUGAGAAUGUUCUUUCACAAAGAACAAUAAAUUUAGAAAAUCUGCUCCCGGAUUGCAAGACAAUGUGUUUAAACACACCUUUCUUUUACCCUGUGUUAUUAGCACACCUGGAGUUACUGAGAAUGGAGUGAUCCAUCAAUCAAUUAGGAGGUGACGAUUAAGCCUGGAAAGGGAGCAUUGGGUGAAAGGGUCUGUUUGAGAGAGUUAACAGGUGUAUUGAUUUUAAAGGCUUAUUUACUCUUCACUGGAUAUUGUUAAUGGCUAGUUAAUAACUAGUAGAUAAUAGUCCUUUUGUUGUUGAGAAGAGAGUCUUUUUUUGUUUUUAAAGUGUUUUUUUUUCAAGGGGCUUUCUAUUGCAUUCUGUUUCUCAAAUGUAAACCUGGAAAUUCUACUUGCAUAAACAUAACCUUUUUUAAUCCAAUUUAAUAUUUAUGAACGCAUUGCUGCUAGGUCGCUUGUAAAUCCAAAGAACAAAUUACAAGCAUCCUGAAACACAUGUAUAUCACGCUCCAGGGAAUGUUAAUGGGUUAAUUUUAUGGCUUGGUGUAAAUUUAUCAAAUACUGUUUUUCCCCCACUAUAAUAAAGGCAGUAAGUCAUAUAGUAGUGCACAAAAACAUUGCAAAGAGGUAAUAGUAGAAAAGGUGUAAAUUAUGUGUUAAAGAUAUGGCCCUUGUCCAGUGCCAGCGUUCCCUCUGUGAGAUAUGCAUGAUUGUGCCAAAAUGGCAGAUGGGUUCAGUGACAAACUGGCCUAUUGCUCUGUGUUUAGCCUCUGCUGCUCGCCUCAUAACUGACAUACAGAGCAUGACGCAUCCCAUCCUUGCUGGAUUCCUUUUCCUUCUCUCUUUUUCUCUUCUUCUUUACCUCUUUUUAUCUCAGUCGAUAUGCAUGGUGAGCUAUUUCCAAACCGAACAUAGAACAUUGCUGUUGUCAUUCCCGUGGUCUGUGAAAUUUGUAAUGAUUGCCUUAAAAAUUACAAUGAAUAAAACAAUG